AUGUCGAAAUCAUUACAAGCAAAGUCUUUAGUCGAGUCCUUAUUAAAGAUUCCAACUGUCCGUAUCAAAAAUGUCGCUGGUGCUACAGACAAGUUGCAGAAAAUCAUCCAGGAUGGUCGACGAAACCUUCAUUUUAUCAGUGACUUUGAUAUGACCAUGUCGCGUCAUUGGAUUCGCAACAAGGAAACGGAUGCGUUGGAGAGAAACUCGUCUUCGCAUGGUAUUCCUGCUCGUUCUGACAUCAUGUCUCCCGAGUACAAGAAAGAAACAGCUCGCAUCUACAAUACAUACUAUCCCAUUGAAAUUGAUCAAACCAUGACUCACGAUGAAAAGGUACCUUACAUGAUGAAGUGGUGGAUUGAGGCACAUGCUAGUUUGAUCAAGCAAAAGUUGUCCAAGCAUGAUUUAGCAAAGAUGGCGAGACAAGUGAAUUUAGAAAUGAGACGAGGCGUGGAGGAUGUAUUGACCGACUGCAGAGAUACCCAAGUUCCAUUUCUAGUCUUUUCUGCUGGCAUUGGCAACAUUAUCGAAGAAAUCUUGAAGCAAGUCAACAUGUUCCAUGACAAUAUGCACAUUGUAUCCAACAUGAUGGUAUUCGACGAUCAAGAUAUAUGUGUUGAUUUCAAGGAACCCUUGAUCCAUGUAUUCAACAAAUCCGAAUUUCAACUAGAAACGUCGCCCUACUACAAGCAGAUUAAAGAAAGAGCCAAUGUGAUUUUGAUGGGUGAUAGUUUAGGUGAUCUUCAGAUGAGUCAAGGUGUUCAGCAUGAUUUGUGCUUUAAUAUCGGCUUCCUGAACCAUGAUAUCAAAGCAUUGGAGCCAGCGUAUACCGAGGCAUUUGAUCUUGUGAUUGAGGGAGAUGCCAACAUGGCACCUGUUAUAGAAAUUUUGAAAAGUAUAGAAUAA